AUGCGCUGCGAGGCGACCAACUUACCAGGAAUUUUCCAGUGCAUUUUUCAGGGUGAAGGUGGUGACUGGCAUGUAGAAGCCCAGAAUGUCGCCUCGAUAUACUUCAACGCUGUAGUUACCAUCGCCGCGGUCGACGGCUCAAAGCUGAGCGUAGCCUCGUCACUGAAGCCAGGUCUCUACGACGAAGAAACUUUACGAUCUCUUCUCUGGUCCGUCGGUACUGCAGAUAAAGGGACCAUGACUGCUUCAGCCGGAACGAUAAAGGGUCCCUCCUGGUCCUGGGUUUCCAUAUGCAAACCCAUCCGUUACAACCUGCCACUCCCAACCCACCAUGGCAUGGGUCCUCCCCUCACGGUAAAUACGCAAAAGACGGCCGAGGCGCUUUUGGCAAAGGCGAAAAUCCUUGAACUCUCUGUGAAGAGGAGGAAUGAGUUCAGCUUUGAUGAAUUCGACGGCAGCCUUGUUAUCGAGGGAGCAUCGUUGAAGGGGUUCAUUUUCGACCGCCGCAUUUUCGUCCGGAAGACGUCUGCCGACACCAGUCAACACAUUAAGGACGUUAGGGAAUACAAGAAAAGGUCAACUGGUCAACCAUGGAAAGAUGUUCUUCGUUACGACGAGGGAACGCGUCAUGACGAGAGGCUGUUUCACGACACCGAAUCUUUACAGAUGCCAGUGACCACUACGUCUCCGAUCCACAGGAGGUAA